GUACCAAGCAUUCAGGCAACCAAGCUUCUGCUACACCUAUCAGCCUAGGACUCCGCUCUAUCACACCUUUUUUUUACUCCAAAUCCGCAAAGCAGAGAUAAUGGCGAACUCGAUGAGCUCAGGAGGAUCUUGCGCACAAUGCAUGUCGCGCGGUAAUGUUUGCGAGCUAAGCCUAGCCAACGAUCCUAUGCAUGAUUUCCGUUGCUACGAGUGCGCUCUAGUCGGAGAAGGCUGUGUCAUCCCGACGGACGACAGAAAUCUGCUUGCGAGUGGCAUCAGGAUGGGUUGCCCUACAGAACAGCCAGGUCAUCGUAAGUGCCUGCGCUGCGCAAUGACCAACCAAAACUGCACCUUUCGCCAAGGCUACCGCCCGUAUCCGUGUAUGUCUUGUGUCACUGCUGGGGCGACUGGAUGUAUGAUCCAGCCUCCCUUCUUUAACCCUCCGCCAUCAUCAGCCAUUACCUACGGCGAGUCUGGCCUGGAUGUAAGUAUCGUUCGGGAGAUUGACGAUUUCGUUCAGGAACUCAUGAGACCGCCCGAAGAAGUGCCCGCUGGCUCAUUCUCGGUAUAUGUAGCGGGUUCAGAUCCGGUACAAGACUUGUCAGGAGAAUAUGAGUUGCAUUUUCCGGACCACCAGUGCGCGACGAACCCUGAACCUGCCUCGGAGCUUGGUGGUAUGUCACCGGGUUCACAGCUCGAACAGCAGAUACUAAUGUCGGCUACCGACUCAUAUGGGGACGUUGCUGCUGCGUACGCGGUCGAUGUGCUUAUGAACGGGGUUGAUUCAGAGAACCCAUCCUCAGAACUUCACAUGGACCAUCCUUAUUUCGAUUUUGAAGAUGGAACCUCGGCGGAAAUGCACACGGAUGCGAUAGUAUGUACGCCUUGCACUGGUGACACUCCAGGCGCAUUCGACAACAUCUCGUUUGAGUACUAGGUAGGGGUUGCUAGGAGAUCAACUUGGUAAGUAAAUAUAGGGCG